AAUUCAUAAAAAUUAUAGAGCCAAGCAAAAAGAGAGGCAUUGGACUUGUGCCGCCCCUUGAGAUUAACCCCGCUUCUCCACUGCAGUCUGCACUUCAUCUUUGCACAAUUGCAAUUUCCACCUUUCAGUUUCCUCCCAACUCAUAUUCAACAAUCAAUCAACCAAGUAAGUUUUCUCUAUCUUCUUUAAAAUUUAAAAAAACUUACCACCCACUUAACUUAUACUAUACCUCCCUAAAACCCUAAGUUUGAUUCCUAUAUCCAGUUCUUGAAAGUUUCUGUCUUUAGCUUCACUGAAAUAGAAGAUAGGUAUACUAUUCUGUUGAUUGUUCAAUGAAGGAUCUACUUUUAUGAGUUGGGGGUUUUUAAGAUUAAUGGGAUCAUUACAUCUGGUGUUCUACUUAGUUCAAUUUUUAAAUCUGUUUCUGGGUUACUCGAAUUCAUUUAGUUUUUUGAAUUAUUGAGAUAAUGGGAUUUUCCCACUUAUUGAAUCCUGUUGAUUAUGAAAUCUGUCGCUCAAUUUGGUCGAAGGGUUUUGAAUCCUAUCCCAUUUUUGCAUUUGGUAUCACGGGCUUUUUGUAAUUGUAGUUUAGAUAAUGGUAGUGAUAAUGCUAGCAAUAGUUUUGCUCCUAUUGAGAAAUUAAUUAGAGAAUCCUGGGCAAGUUCGGAUUUUGAUCCGGGUUUAGAUAGAGCAAGUAAAGAGGAUGAAAGCCAUUUUCGAGGUAGAAUUGAUGUCGAGCAUAAUUUUUUUGAAAGGACUAUGAAGGAUGCAGAUAGGUUGUUUGAUGUAUUAAGGCAAGAUUGUCCUGGGUUCAAUGUGAAAUUGGAAUUGCAGGAGCUGAAUGUAAGGGUUUCGGGUCUUCUUGUCAGGCAGGUUCUUUUGAAGAUUUUGAAGAUCAUAAAUGAUGAAAACAGGACUUCGUGUGCCAAAUUGGCUUACAAGUUCUUUGUAUGGUCUAGUGAGCACGAUUACUACAGACACACAGUGAACGCAUAUCAUUUGCUGAUGAAAAUUUUUGCAGAGGCUGAGGAGUUUAAACCAAUGUGGCGAUUAGUUGAUGAGAUGACAGAGAAGGGGUACCCGACAACUGCAAGAACCUUUAAUAUUAUGGUCUGUAGUUGUCGUGAGUUAGGAUUGCGAAGAACAGUUGUUGAAAGGUUCAUUAGGUCAAAGACAUUCAACUACCGUCCAUUUAAGCAUUCCUACAAUGCAAUUUUGGUUUGUCUUCUUAAAAUUAACCAACACAGGUUAAUUGAGUGGGUUUAUCAGCAGAUGCUUGCUGAUAGUCAUCUGCCUGACACUCUAACGUAUAAUAUACUCAUCUGUGCACAGUAUAGGCUGGGAAAGAUGGAAGGUGUCCAUCGGUUGCUGGAUGAAAUGGGUAGGAAUGGACUUUCUCCAGAUUUUCAUACUUUUAACAUUCUUCUUCAUGUUCUUGGUAAAGGUGAUAAACCAUACGCGGCGCUCAAUCUUUUGAAUCAUAUGAGGGAAGUUGGAUUAUGUCCAAGUUCCCUCCACUUCACAACCUUGAUUGAUGGUUUGAGCCGAGCAGGAAAUAUGGAUGCUUGCAAGUACUUUUUUGAUGAAAUGAGCAAAAAUGGGUUAAAGCCUGAUGUUGUCAGUUACACUGUUUUGAUCAGUGGGUAUAUAGCAGCAGGGGAGCUAGAGAUGGCCCAGCAGUUGUUCAAUGAUAUGAUCGCAGAUGGACAGCUGCCAAAUGUGUUUACCUACAACUCUAUGAUUCGAGGACUUUGUAUGGCUGAGAGAUUUGAGGAUGCAUGCUCUAUGCUGAAGGAAAUGGAAACGAGAGGUUGCAGCCCAAAUUUUCUUGUGUACAACACCUUAAUUAGAAAUCUCCGGCGCAAUGGGAAGCUUUCUAAAGCUCAUGAAAUAGUGAAAGAUAUGAUCGAGAAGGGACAAUAUCUCCAUCGGAUCUCACGAUUUAAGAGAUAUAGGAGAUACUGAGUUACAGGAAUACGACAUUGUUACUUUAUUCCAGAAGUAUUCAUUGAUUGUUUACACACCUCACAGUCAGUUACCCAUGCUUGUAUUGGAUGUAGUUAAGCGCAUAUGGUGUGUAUCGACUAGUGUGUGGUGCUUUGAAGUACAGUUAGAGCCUCAGAAUUCUACUUAACAACGAGAUCAACAUAAGUACAUUAAGGACAAGAACCUGCCAUUGUAUGGUCCAGUAUAGUUGCUCCCGCAAAAGAUUUGAAUCUUUAAAAGACUCAAGAACUGGUAAAAUAAAUGCUCUAAUGGCCAUAUUUCAGUAAGUCUUUGUAUUUGUAGCUUGAAAUGAUGCUUUAUUGCACGGUAAAUCAUCCCAGUCUUGCUUCUUCCUCUUUUUCUUGUCAGUUGCCAAUACUAGUAUUUACAAUGGUGCAAUCUGGGCUAUGAGAUUCAAUUUUAUGCAAUUUUAUCUUCAGUGAUUUUCCCAUACAACAACUUUGGUUCCUCGGGUGCACUUACAGAUGAAUAGCAGUAAGAUAGAUCAGUGCCAUGAUAGUCAAUCUGUGGUUUUUUUUAAGAGUCAAGUGUAUUUGCGAGCACGAAACUUGUAUGAAGUAUGAUCGCCUAGUGGACCUGCGUCCAUAUUUCUUCCCUUCUGUGAGUUAAGUUUUUGCAGUUUCCUUAAUCAAUAAUGAAUAUCAUCAUCAUCAUAAAGUAAGGGUGGAAACAGAAGGAAGAACUUGUGGAGCAGGUGUCCUUUUGGUUUUUCAGUGCAAUUAUUCCACAAUUGCAAUUGCAUAUCCUGUUAAUUCAUGAUCAUCAGGUGAAACUUUCUGAUGAGUGAUGACGGAUGUGUGUUGGCGUUUACUU